GGUAAAAACUCAUGUCCCUUUUCCGUUUUCAUUUCUCCUCCUCUUUCCACCGUCUGGGGGGAGAUCCCAAGCGCCACGCGGAUCGGAGAAGAAGAGGGGAGGUGCGAAAUCCUAAUUCUAGCGUUGUGUUUAAAUUCUUCUCCUCUUUUUGUUUCCGUUUUUGAUCCUCCGAUCGCUUAUCGGAUCAGGCAAGCGAUCGAAAAGUGAAAAUGGGCCGUGGAGUUAGCUGCGGAGGGGGUCAAAGUUCUCUUGGCUACCUAUUUGGUAGCGGUGAGGCUCCUAAAUCUGCUGGAGAGUCUGCUGAACCUGUUCAGAAGCCGGCUUUUAAAUCUACUGGAGAGCCUGCUGCUGCACCUCUUCAGAAACCAACUUCUGCAACACAAGAUGAUAACAAACAGAUCCCUGCUGGUAUCCAAGGGAAUCUAGCAAACAACUACCAGCGAGCUGAUGGGCAGAACUGUGGAAACUUUAUCACGGAACGCCCUUCAACGAAGGUGCAAGCUGCUCCGGGCGGAGGCCCUUCCCUUGGUUUCCUGUUUGGCGAUGGCGGCAGCAAGUGAGGAAAGCAAUUUGUUGCUUCUGCUUAAACUCUGCAGCUAUUGGUAAAGAUUUGAUCAUGAAUUAUUAUUAUUAUUUGGCUUCAUGUGGACAAUGUCUCAGUUGAAGUUUCAUGGUUCACUGCUAUUUUCUACCCUUUGACUAAUGAGUAACGACUCAUUUUUACCGUAUGAAUUGUGUUUUCAAUUUAGUGUUGUUUUAAAAAAUUU